AAACAAUUCAGGCGACGUCGGAAGUGACCCAGCCAGGUCAAAGAAGGAGGGAGGAAGUGACGUCGCUGUGGUCCCGAAACCCGGAAGCGGUGGUGGACUGAGAGUUUAUCCAUGGACAGUGAGGUCCAGAGAGACGGACGCAUUUUGGAUCUGAUUGAUGAUGCCUGGAGAGAGGAUAGACUGCCGUAUGAAGAUGUAACUGUUCCCCUGAACGAGCUCCCUGAACCUGAACAAGAUAAUGGUGGUGCAACAGAGUCUGUAAAAGAGCAGGAAAUGAAGUGGGCAGAUUUGGCACUGCAAUAUCUACAUGAAAACAUUCCAUCAUCAGGGAGUUGAUAUUGUAGUUAAGCAACAAAACUGCCUGGCUAAUUGGUUCUUUCUUAAUUGGAGUUUGCAAUUAU